AUGGAAGCGGCAUCAGUUGUUAUGCAUAGAGGUUCUGGUGCCGCUGUGCUAGGGCGAAAGCCAGAUCCUGCCUCAGCUCUCUCAACUGCUUCUGGGCUGAUUCGUAAUUACGACUAUCUGGAAGCGCUGUCUCUCCUGCGCGAUGCCGAAAGGGAAUAUGCGGAGUGUGGAGAUUCGGAGGUGCUGUCGCGGUUCUCAGAGUUGCAGGCGGAAAUUCAUGUGCUCUUGGGUGACCACAAGGAAGCCUUGCGCUGCCUCCAACGUUCGAACUUCAGCCGAACAUCUGCGAUCGCUGCCGCCCGGAUAGCUCUGCACGUAAAGUGUAAGUCAACUGCAGCCGAUAUAUCCGCAUCCGUUUGUGACCUGUUGACGAGGUGCAUGUCCAGCUGUUCGGACGAGCGUCGCAUCCCCCCGGAUACGCACGCUCUACUACUAGAGUGGUCGCGGCGCGCUGGGCGCCUCUCACAUCUGCACGACUGGACUGUGCGCGCGAAGAGGCGUGGCGGAGGGAUCCGGUUCUUCCGCGAUUACCCGUCGCUGACUCCGUAUUUGCGCACGAUACUGUUGCUGCAGCGCGAGUGGCUUCUAGACGGCAUAGAUUCGCAGGAAAGGGUGACCCCGUACGUCACGUUGGAACCGCUGCGCUAUGUAGACCCCGCGUGCGACAGCGGCGCGGCGCUGGUCCGCAGCAUUUGCGACGGCGUCGAGCACACGCUUCAGCGUGAGCGGCACUUCGUGUUCUACGUGGAUUCGCUACCCCUCGCGCUGGCGUGUUUGACGCGCCAGCUGAGGGAACUGGAUGGUAGCACGCUCGAUAGGCUGCAUACCAAGCGAAGGGUGGACGUGGUCGAAGGUGACUGUGCAAGCCGUGAUGCGGAGUCUCCGGAGGAACGGGUGUUCGCUAACAAUAACGUGACCGACAGGCCUGCAAAGGCCAUGCGCCUCAAUCCGACAAACUGUGAGUCACGGUCACGGAGGAGGCCGAUUUUAACCUCCCGGAGAGGCAGCGCCCGACCUCGUAAACGCAAGCAGUGCUUGCCGGAGGGCACGGGCCGUCUCCCACGUGGCCCGUUACCCUCACGCAGCAUGGAGAGGCGGGUUUCGCGGGUUAUUUCGGAGCGGAUAUGCAUGCGUGCACAUUGGUCUUUCUUCGAGCUGGCGUUGCUGUUUUUCGAGGUGCUGUCACGGUACCACCACCUUUUGGGCUGCAGGCGAGAGAUGUACACCUUGUAUUUGUGCCUAUUACUGCAUUACAUCAGGAGGGGCCUCGCCUGGCGGUACGAGUCGCAGUCAAUGUCAAAUGGAUGUCUGUUUUCCUCCGCGCCUACGGUGGAUGUGCGGCUGCUGAACGACCCCGACGACGCCUGCGCCAGCUUCCGCCAAACACUGCGGCGGUGUGGUGUGCGCGUGCUCUGCCUUAUGGCGGAUGUGAUGCGGUGUCCACCUUCAGCGUUGGAGGACUUGUGCGAUGCGAUACCGAUCGAUUGCCCUACGGACCUGUUGAACGAAGCGUUCGGGCAUUUGAGCUCGAUGCUGCUGCUGCUCGCACACCCCUACGGAGCACAGCAUGGCCAUGGAGAUGUGGUGUUGAGGGCGCGGGUGUUGUUUGUCAUGGCUAAGCGCCUGAUCCGCGAGAACCUUCCGCGUCGAGGUGCGGUGCUGGGACCUCGCUGCAGCCGCGCCCUACGGGCGCUCAAGGACAUCGAGAUAUGCCUGCAAACGCUGCGAGUUUCCGCGCAAGCGCUGAGUUUCGCUGAAAUGCGACGCAACGCGCAUCUGGUGUUGUGCCUGCGUCACCGAGGUUGCGGAGUGAACUUCCACAGUUCGCUGACGCACGGCGCUUCUGCCCUUGGCGCCGCUGCCGUUGACCGUCGCUGGUCAAGUGUCGCGCGCACUCUACAAGGUUAUGUCAUGCACGCGUAG